GUCCUUCAAUCACCAUUAGCCCAACACGUGCGGCAAAACAAUAUGGGCUCUUCCGAAUCUGGAUCUGAGAAGGUCAACCUAGCUAUCGAUGACUUGGAAAAAAGUCUCGAUCACAUCGGUACCUGUUGGCUGCAACGCUGUCUACUCUGGAAUCGUCCCUUUACGCGACUAGUUCGCCCUCCGUCACAUCUUCAUGAUCAACUUGAAAGCUACAGACUAGGACUCGAUAUCCCUCCUAGCAGUCUUAUAAUUAUCCAUCCCCGUGUUGAUGCUAUCCUCCUGUCAAUAAUCGGAUCUGUGAUGGAAAAGUACCGAGCCAGACAUGGGUCAUUACCCGAGCAGUUACGCCGAAUGCGUUUGGAGUUCAAUCAACAAGUUACCAUGUCGCACUCAUUUGAUUACGAGGAACAUCAGUACGGUUUCCAAGUCGAUGAUGCACUUUGGUACGGAGACAGGGAUAACUUGGAAACUAACCUCGUUGUCCAAAGGAUGGAAGCAAUGUCUGAUGGUAAGGAGAAUACACUGACUGGGGCGCUACGCGGCAGCGAGGACUCAAGACAGAUAUACGGCAUCGUUACUGACAGUUACAAGUGGCAUUUUAUGAGGGUUUCUCCUAGUGGUCAACUAUUUCUUAAGUCGUUUGAUUGGAACAAGAAAAGGGAACAGCGUUUGAUCCUGGAUCAUCUUCAGAGAAUUACGAAAGAGGCCAACAAUCUAGCGUACAAAGUGUAUGGCAACUCGGAUUUAGGGAGUCAGAGUGUGACCGAGGCUACAGGAUGCAUUGUUGAAAGGAGCUUCGGUAAUAAGACUGGAAAGGAUUACCUCGUGUCGGUUUCGUUAGGGAAGUCCAACAUUUGGCCCAUCAAGGGAAUGUGGUUAAAGGAUGCAGAGGAGGCUUUUAACUUGAGGAUGGAACCUGAACAAGUUCACUUGUUCGAGCCUACCUUGGUGGAGACAUCAAGUAUUGACCAUAUCAUCUCGGUUUGGAAAAUGUACAACCUUGCAACAUACAAGUCCUGGGUUUUUGAACAGCCCGCUAGACCCCUCAUAGAACUCAUCUUUCUCACGUUGAUCAGCGACCCAAUGAUAAACCGAUGUCUUUAUCUACAGUUAGGUGGGACCGAUUGCCACAUAGAGACAUCAUGCCUCUAUCGUGACAGAAGUAUUACUGUUCAUGGGAGCACGGAUUACUCUAUCAGAAAGAAGAACGACCCACACAGCGUAUUUCCCAUCCUCGUGGCCGGAGAAUGGGAGGACGGCCUUUGUCCUUUAGUGGCCUAUAUGGCUCCAGGAUAA